CAGUAUACUAAAGUAUUUUUUAAAAAAUGUCAUUCGAACAGGAACAAUCCUUUUACAUUGAAAAGGCAAUCUUAUUAAAAGAUAAUGUGUUGGAUAGCAUAUGUGAUCCAGUAUCAGAAACUGCUGUUCAAAAGUCUGCACCUCAGCCUGCAAUUUCGGACAUUUUCUCCCAUGGAUUAAAAAAUGUGAAAAUAGAAUUGCCCAGGGUAAAUAUCCCCAAUGAAGUAAUAACUAAACAUGAAAUUGACAGAUACAUGAAAUUGUUUCGAUGUAAAGAGAAACCUGCAACUGCAAUUUUCAUACAAGAGGAUAUGAACGGUAGCUAUCCAAACUGCUCUGAGAUAUUUGCUCCACAAAGUAAAGCAGAACUGUACCAUGAAGAGGGAUUGAAAACAUCUGCGAAAAUACUGAAUUUUAGCUGUACAAAAUGCAGAAACAACAUUCGAUACAGCCCAAAUGAUCUACAGAAACAUUUCCAGCUGCUGCACCGUGGAGAGUUGCCAUCUUACCCCUGUGAAAUGUGUAAUUUUUCGGCUAAUGACUUUCAGUCAUUUAACCAACACCGUCGGACGCAUCGUAGCACUUUAGUGAAAUGUGAAAUCUGUAACGACGAACACAGAUAUACGUUGUUGGAUCUGACGAAACAUUUCACAUCUAGGCAUUGCGUAAAUGGUCAUUUUCAAUGUGCAAAAUGUAGAUUUUCUACCCUGGAUGUAGGCACAUUUGUUCAGCAUAUUCAUAGGCACAAUGAAAUACAGUAUAAAUGUGAUAAAUGUCAACAUGUAAGUUUCUCAAACGAAGAGUUUCAAAAACAUGUUGUUUCGCACACUGGCACAUUUCCCUUCAGUUGUCAGUAUUGUAAUUACAUGGCGUCACGGAAAACCUAUCUUUUAAAACAUAUUAUUGCUUUGCACAGAGACCACCUGUAUGUAAAAGAUAAAAUGGAUGCAGAUAACAGUGAGAAGAAGAUGGAUACUUCAACAGGACUUAAACUUAUCUUGAAAAGGUACAAAACAGGGGCUUCAAGAAAGGCACUAUGGAGACGCAAAAGAAUUACCAGUGGUAGUUGUGUGAUUGAAGAAGAUGAACAAGGUGUUGGAGAUGCAAAUAACAUAGAGCCUAAAUCUGAAGAGAUAAGCCAGUCGGCAAAAGAUAUGCAGUUAAAUGAAGACCACAUUUUUCUUAGUGAAAAGCAUAUCCACAGUGGAACAAAAUCCUCUACAGCACUACAGUACAAUAGAACAGAAGAUGGAUUAUGUUCUGGACUGGGAUUGCUGAAAAAAGCUGUUCAUGGUCCUACAGUAUUGAUGGUGAAAAAUAAUAAAAUAUCUGUUCCAGCAAACUACAGUGCUAAAUUUAUGGGAUUCAAAAUGGUGGAUGGAAAGCAACAUAUAGUAAUAAAACUUUUACCCACAGAGAAACCGAAACUGCCAGCAGGUAAUAAAAUUGAUGGGGUUAAAGAUAGUUCAGCAGAAUGUCUUCAGCAUGACAACCUCAGCUUAUUUUCAGGUGCUGGAUAUCAUGAAAGUAAUCAACAAAUGUCUGCAAAUAAUUCUGCUCACUCAUUAACAACUGCAUUAUCUAACCAAUAUUCUAAUCAAUAUUCAGGAAAAAUAAAGCAAGAGAGUAACAGUUACUUUAGUUGGAAUACAUCUCGAGCUGUUGUACCUCCUGUUGUGGUGGUAGGAAAAUGUACUACUCGUUUUCCAUCGAAGCCAGAUACUGCCAUGUUUGGUUCUGGUUCGGUGUCGCAGACUGGAACAAAAGACAAUGUCUCCUGGAGGAAUAGUAUACCUCAAGAUCAUCCUCAGGUGUUAUCCUCUGCUGGAACAAAUAUGCUCCAUUAUGACCCCAUGAAGAAAACAUUUCUUUCAGAAUUCAAAAUGCUGAACGGUGAAGUGAACAGGAACAGUAAACACGAUAAUGUCUAUUAUCCAACUGAUUAUCGUAAUCAAACAACAUUGCCUUUUCAUAAUUACUCUAAAAUAGGCAUUCUGGAUACAUCCAAGGAGCUUAUAUCCAACAAGACUUUUCCUGUCCAAAGCAGCCCGGUAGGUGAAACUGCAGCAUGCUUUCCACAGUCUGUAGCAGGGUUAAAUUUAGAAAAAAGAUCUUCAAUGCCACCUGUUUAUAGCAAUGUAAAUACUAAGAAUGCUCCAGUAUUUUCAACCGGUCAGUCCAAAUAUACCAUUGAUGGACAGUGUUUUACAGAAAAUCAUCAUGACGGCAAGCGAUAUUUGAAUACUCGGGUAAAGCAAGUAUUGGAACAUAUAGCUGAAAACUCUAAACAAGACAAUGCUUCUAAUUGUAUUAAUUCAUCUAUGCCUAAAAUAACAUCAGUUUUUUCACUCCAGAGUAACCAGGCAUCCAAUUAUUUGUCACCAGAAGUAAACCAGUCAUUACAAGAUGUGUUAAAAGUAAAGCCAACUAUUCAGCCACAGAAGUACAUAAAAACUGAUUAUGAUCAAUCAUUUUCAAAUAGUUCAGAUUACAGAACAUUCACACCCUUCAGAGACCAAACAGUUAUGUCCAGCUUAGCCCAUUCUCCUGCUACGUUUAAAAGAGAGCUAAAUUUGAACUGCAACGCAACAAAAGAAAGUGUAUAUUUUAGGAAUGAACGACGGGUCCCAAUGACAUCUUUCAGAAUGCAAGAAACACAGUCAACUCCAAGGACAACAGGAAUGGGUACAUUGCGUAAAACUCAGACGGAUACAAUCAUAACACAACAGUUGGCAAAAGAUAAAUUGCACUACACUAUCCAAGGUCCUAAUGCUACUUGUCCAUCACUUUCAGAACAGAAGAAAGCAGUGCUACUUCAAUCACCUCCAUCAAGGUAUUUUGUACCUUUGCGCCUUGCCCACCAACAGGGUUUACAGGUUAUUACAGGAAAGCCUUCUCCAAGCAUAAGUUCAUCAAAUACUCAGGCAACAAGACCUCCGUCGUUACUUGUAAACAAAGGACCUGGAAUGAUUUUGACAUUUGGUAGUGGGCCACUUGGAACAAUUGCAAAUGCCACUGAAAACAAUUCUCAGGUUUUAGAUACAUUUUUCUCUAAGGGGUGUGCUAAAGAAGCAGUAUCGACACCACAGCUGGGGUUGACAAUAGGAAGCUCCAGAAGUGUACAAAACUCUUUUGGUGUUAGGGCAUGCAGUGGAACAGUAAGCGCAUCAUCGGUUGGUGUGCCGCAUAAGGAGUUGCUUCAUGUUGCUAAUUCCGGCGUCUGUCAUGAGAGUGGAAUUUCCUCUGUGAAAAUACCAGCAGGUUAUCAAGGCAGUAAAGUUGACUCCUUGGAGUCAAGAAAACAACAGGAGAUUGGACAAGAACAACCUGUUUAUGCACUUUUGCCCAAUGGCAGACAAGCAGUUUUUCUGAAAUGUAUGUCGCCAAACAAGUCUCUCGUACAGAACCAUAAUGUUUUUCAGGGUACUGCUUGUACUCAAAAUACGGAACCAAAGAAACCUGGAGCAGUGCAACAAAAGCUUUUUUUGAAAAUUAAGACCUUUCCUACUGCAGAGAACUGUCAACCAGUUAGCAAUGCUGCGUCAUCUUUACAGUUCAAUAAUAUGCAUUCCCUUAAUAGCCCUGCUGUAGAGCAAAAAAGGACAGCUUUUUCUUCUAGUGAUGCCUUAAUCUUACCAGGUAAAUCGAUGCCAGAAAAUGCCUGUUUGUCAAGCUGUAAAUCCAAGGACCCUUUCACUUUUGUAGAAUCUGUAUAUUCCUCUAAACAUGGGAAGACACGGUCACAAAAAUGUCCAUCUGACUCAGUGCAAAAAAGGACCAACGAAGGGAGCAGUUUUGGAAGCCAAAGGUCAACAGGGACAAUGACAAACAAAAUCUCAAAACCUAAGCGGCAUUCAAAGCAAACUAAUGUUAAGGUUUCUACUCUCACAGCCUCACAGAAGAACAGGAAUUUGAAGCGGAAAGCUAAGGAUGACCUUCAGGAAUACCCUAGAAAGAAAAUGCUGCAUCGAAAGUGUAAAGACAAAAAUCAAAUGGAUAUAAGUGAACUGGAAUCUUUGAUUCAGGCUCCUUGUAGUCAAAAAGUGUCAAAAGACACUGUGAGGAUUCUAAAAUUACUUCCUUUUAAUUCUAAGCAACUAAUCAAAUGCCCCCGAAGAAAUCAGCCAGUUGUAGUACUAAAUCAUCCUGAUGCAGAUGUUCCAGAAGUUGUAAAUGUUAUGAAGACUAUUGCUAAAUUUAAAGGACAUGUACUAAAGGUUUCUUUGUCAAAGAGAACUAUUGAUGCUCUUCUGGAGCCAGAAUAUUGUAGUAACAGUUUGUACAUAAUUACUGGUGAUCUCUCCCAAAAGAAGCGCAGAAUGCUGAAACCUGUUAGUCCUGUAAAAGAGAGGUUCGUUUUAAAAUUAACACUGAAGAAGACUAGCAAAAACAAUUAUCAGAUUGUAAAAAGUACCUCUGAUAAUACGCUGAAAACUAAAUUUAGCUGCUGGUUUUGUGGGAGGAUAUUUGACAACCAGGACAACUGGGUGGGGCAUGGGCAGCGUCAUCUAAUGGAAGCCACUCGAGACUGGAAUUCAUUAGGGUAAUUUAUUAUGGUUGGUGAAGAAGGCA